GUCACAUGAUCAUCCUCACAGGUCCUUUAGCCACAAACGCUUCUUUCCUGCUAAGCUCUGCUCCCACAUCUACUGGUCACAUGAUUGUGACAUCAUCACAGGUCCUGCGCCUCCAGCAUUUAGUAUUUUAACAGUGUGUCACCCCAGUAGUGAGGAGAUUACAUGAGGAGGAGCUGAUCCAGUUGUCUCCUCUUCUCCUGAAUGACCCCCAAGGAUGGACAAGGAAAGGAAUGAGAUGAUUAUGAGAAUUUUACACUUCACCUUGGAGAUCCUCCACCUGCUGACCGGAGAGGAUUACACCAUAGUGAAGAAGACAUGGGGGGAGUGUGUAGCCCCCAGCAGCCAUCUCCAUGAGUCAGGAGGAGGGAGCAGGGCCCGGGGCCCCAUCAUGGAACCUCCACCUCACUCACUGAUACAUGAGAAGAAGAUCCUAGAACUCAUCCACAGGAUCACUGAGCUGCUGACUGGAGAGGUUCCUAUAAGGUGUCAGGAUGUGGCGGUCUAUUUCUCCAUGGAGGAGCGGGAGUAUGUAGAAGGACACAAGGAUCUGUACCAGGACAUAGUCAUGAUGGAGGAUCACCGGCCCCUCACAUCACAAGAUAGAGCCAUUGAUAGAAAUCCACCCGAGAGGUGUCCCCGUCCUCUGUUUUUUCAGGACUGUCCAGAGGGAAAUGUCCCAGAGAAGCAUCAGGGUGAAGAUCUGAUGGAUAUUAAGAUUGAGGUGAUAGAUGAAGCAGAAGAGGAGACGGAUUUCAUGGCCGAUCAGCAGUAUGGAGUCAUUGAUAGAAAUCCACCCGAGAGGUGUCCCCGCCCUCUGUAUUCCCAGGACUGUCCAGAGGGAAAUGUCCCAGAGAAGCAUCAGGGGGGAGAUCUGACUAAUAAUAAAGUGGAGGAUGAAGAAGAGAGGAUGAGGGGCCAUCACCCGUGUAUGAGGGAAGUGAAGGAGGAAAUUCCAGGAGGUGUUACCCCAGAAAAUUCAAGUUUCAACUUCAUGUUAUCGCUGAAUUAUAAAGGAGACUAUGAAGAGAUCAUGGAGCGCUCCUCAGGAGAAGACCUCCUUACCCCUAAUGUCCAUCCAGAUCUAUCAUAUAAUAAUCCCCCUGAUCAUGAGGAACCUUCUCCUCACCAACCACACAUUGUUACCACAAGGACAGAGAAGAAAGGGGAGAAAAGGAUUCAAUGUGAUGAAUGUGGGAAAUGGUUUACAAGGAGAUCAAGUCUUUUUACUCACAGAAGAAUUCACACAGGAGAAAAGACGUACUUCUGUUUAGAACGUGGCAAAUGUUUUACAGAUAGAUCAAAUCUUGUUACAUGUAAAAGAAGUCAUAAUGGAGAUAACCCUUUUUCAUGUUCAGAAUGUGGGAAAUGUUUUACGCAAAAUUCCCAACUUGUCAAGCAUGAGAGAACUCACACAAGGGAGAAGCCGUAUUCAUGUGCGCAAUGUGGUAAAUGCUUUAUCCAAAAAUCCCAUCUUGUUACACAUGAGAGAACCCACACAGGAGAGAAGCCGUAUUCGUGUUCCGAAUGCGGGAAAUGUUUUACAGAUAAAUCAAAUCUUGUUAGACAUGGGAGAAGUCACACGGGAGAGAAACGAUUUUCAUGUUCAGCAUGUGGGAGAUGUUUUACCCAGAAAACCCACCUUGUUACGCACGAGCGUAGUCACACUGGAGAAAAGCCGUAUUCCUGCUCCGAAUGUGGGAAAUGUUUUACAAAUAAGUCAAGUCUUGUUACACACAGGAGAAGUCACACAGGGGCAAAGCCAUUUUGAUGUUCAGAAUGUGAGAAAUACUAUAAAAGGAAAAUAGACAUGUAAAUUAUUUUUGUUAUAGAUACGUGGACGUAUAAUAACUUAAAGGGGUACUCCGGUGAAAACCUUUUUCUUUUAAAUCAACUGGUGCCAGAAAGUUAAACAGAUUUG